AACUUGUAUCUCUUGACAGCUCUCACGUUUGAAUCUGAUUGCCGGUUGUAUAGUACUAUUUCGAUUUUCAAAUCGUAUUGUGAACAGUACUCCCACCUGAAAUAUGUCUUCUCAGUUAAUCGGUAUGGAAUCUUUUCGGGAAUAUAGCUCAUUUGCGGCUGACGAUUUUGUUCAUACGGACCUAUCUAAAACGCACGUGGAAAACCAACUACCAAAAGUCAACAUAAAUGUUCCAGUAUUACCACCUACCAAAUUUCCUAGAAAUGAAGCUGCCCUAGCGUUCAUUCCAAUAAAAGAUGGUGACAAAAUCACUAUAUGGAAACAAUUCCUCUUUACUUGGAGGACCCAAGGUAUCUAUCAAGCUUUAGAAUUACUAUCACAAACGGAUUUGAAAAAAUAUUCAGCAAGCCAAAUGACCUAUGGAUUAGUAACUCUUUGGAAGACUGUUAAAGUGGUUCAACAUGUUUUCAUGCCACUUUCAAAUAUGUCAUCUGGUAUUGACACUAUCACUAUGUUUUCACACACCAAAGAUUGGUCUACCAGCCCUGCCAGAUAUCUUGCCUGGCAUCCACACUGCAAUAAGCUUGCAGUGGCUACUAGAGAUGACACAGUUCUUGUGUAUACGGGGUCCGCUUCCACUCCAGUCGUUGUCCGCCAUUCGUCGCAAAAAAAUAUUUCGUCCAUGUCGUGGAGGCCCUUGUGCUCGGCUCAGUUGGCUGUCGGUUGUGCUUCGGGAGUAGCUCUUUGGACGGUGGAUCCCGCUUCGUUAGGAACUCGCCCAUCGGCUUCGUGCUUGACCACUUUACCUCAUCCAACAUCAAUUAAUUCCGUCGCUUGGGAUCCUCAAGGUAAGUUUUUGGCUUCCGGUAGCGCACAAGAUUCGUCACUCUACAUUUGGAACGUCGAAAAUCGUGAAGCUACCCUUCUUCAGAAAAUCCGCGGAGGGGGAUACACUUUUCUGACUUGGAGCCCGACUGGAGAUCGCCUUUUAGCCUGUACACCAGGCAAUGUUUUCAAAAUAUGGGAAACCCGAACAUGGUCGGCCGAGAUAUGGGAUGUGAUGAAUGGUUAUGUUCAGUCAGCAGCAUGGAGUCCUUGUGGAACCAAAGCUAUUUUUGCCGAUUCUGCUCAGCCUACUCUUUAUUGCGUGUCGAAAAUCUGUUCCACUAAAGCGGCAACUGUGGUAGCUGACUUUACAGAAACCCAAUCUUCGGAAGCAACGGGUAGAUUAAGCAGACUGGUACAAGAUCUUGCAUGGGACUCUCGAGGCGAGAGAUUGGCUGUCACCUUUCGCAGCUCGGAUUAUGUUGCACUUUUUCGCACACGAUACUCGCCAACGUUGAGUUUGUUUCCAUGUGGUAUAUUAAAGGGUGAACCUGAUGAAGUGGCAUCUACGAUACAAUUCAAACCUGAUUUUGAAAAUGGCGCGUUACUCACUGUGGCCUGGUCCUCUGGUCGAAUUCAACAUGUGCCCUUUUCAUUCCUCCCGCAGCAUCUUGAAACUUAAAUUUAUUUAGCAGUUCGUUGUCUUAUUUUAUUGGCCAACCGUUUAUGAAUCCGUGAUUAUUUACUACUAAUGAUAGCUCAUGAAUAAAUAAAAA